AUAAAACUCUAUCCCCUUCACUCCACAAAUCCACGAUCCACAUCCACAUGAUCAUCAAACCCGGAAAGUAUAAGAACGGUCACCACCACCGCCAUCCACCGUUACGCCGCCGUCAGAUACUUCCACGAAUAGCCACCAUAGAAGUGUUCACCCAACAGCAUUUAUCAAACAAACAAUUCCCCUCAUAUAACCUUAAAAUGACGAAGAAUCUAUUCCGAAGAAUUUGAUUCCGUCCCGAAAUGAACGACCCAAUUGGAAUUCUAGAUCAUGCCCCAUUAGAAUCAUUAAUCAAUAAUCACCAGCCUCCAAAUUUGAUUGCGUAAGCGCAAUUUAAUGACUCCUGCAUCAUCAUCGGCAUCAACAGCGCUGCCAGGUUGCAAACGAACCUCGCUACGAAUCAACCCAAAAACUCUGCGGAUUCCCGUAUCGGGUUCAUCUUGUCACAUUAAUCUACUCUUAUCGAUAUCCAAUUCCAAAUGUCUUUUUAAGACCAAUAGUAAGAUGCGUAUUCCCAAGACACUCACCCUUUCAUUUUGCUUCUCAUUUCUAUACUCUUCCCCUUCUCGUUGUCCCCAAUUUCCUUCUUUGGUUCCAGAUUUAGGUCUCUGUUCUUCCAGGCGAUUCUUCACUACCAAAAGGUCUCAAGGCAGUUUUCAAUCAAGAGCAAGUUAUAAAAUGGAUAUCCCUAGUGAUGGAGCUAUAUCAGAGACACAAUUACAGAGCCCUAAUGGAAGUGAAAAAUCUCAAGGUUCAUGUCUAUGGGCAUCUCCUAAUGGAGGCCAAAAGAUUGAAAUUGGGAAACAUAUUUUUUGUAACAGAGCUGUGAAUAUGAAAAACAUAGUUGCUGUUGGAUUUGAUAUGGAUUAUACACUUGCACAAUACAAGCCUGAAACUUUUGAGUCCCUUGCAUAUAAUGGCACAGUGAAAAAGUUAGUCACUAACUUGGGAUACCCUAAUGAGUUGCUUGAUUGGUCUUUUGAUUGGACUUACAUGGUGAGAGGAUUGGUACUUGAUAAAAAGAGAGGAAAUAUAUUGAAGAUGGACAGACAUAAAUAUGUGAAAGUGGCAUAUCAUGGAUUUAGGUUAUUGUCAAAAGAUGAAAAAGUUGCUACAUAUGGCAACACUUUGGUUCGUGAUGCAUUUGAUGAGCCUGAUUAUGCACUCAUUGAUACCCUUUUCUCAUUGGCUGAAGCUUAUUUAUUUGCUCAGCUUGUUGACUUUAAGGAUAAUAAUCCAGGAAAAAUCUCAGAAGAAAAAGACUAUUUUCGAAUGUACAGAGAUGUGAGGGCUGCUGUGGAUCUCUGUCAUCGUGAUGGAACUUUGAAGCAGAUGGUUGCAAAUGAUCCCAAAAGGUACAUCAAUGAAGACAACUCAUUAGUCCCAAUGCUACAGAUGCUUAGAAGUUCUGGUUUUGCUGUAUUCUUAGUGACAAACAGUCUUUGGGACUACACAAAUGUUGUGAUGAAUUUUCUAUGUGGGCCCCAAAAAGUCAACGGAAGCUCUUUGUUGACUCUUGACUGGCUCCAACACUUUGAUGUUGUCAUAACUGGCAGUGCAAAGCCGAAGUUUUUUCAUGAUGAAAACCGUGCUAAUCUUUUUGCGGUGGACACUGAUUCAGGGAUGCUUAUCAAUACUGAUAAUGGUAGUCCUAUGGCUCAGGUUGGAGCCUCUUCUGUGGAAGUGCCAGAUCAGCAGAUCCCAGAUAAAGGGUACAGAGUGUUUCAGGGAGGCAAUGUUGGCCAUCUGCAUAAGCUGCUGAAUGUUGAAUCAAGUUCACAGGUUCUUUAUGUUGGAGAUCAUAUAUAUGGUGAUAUUUUGCGUAGCAAAAAAGUCCUAGGUUGGAGGACAAUGCUUGUGGUUCCAGAACUUGAAAAGGAAGUUAAACUUCUUUGGUCCUUACGAGACACUCGUAAGCAUCUUAUAUUGCUGAGGAGUGAGCGAGAUCAAAUUGAAGAUCAAAUCCAUCAUUUAAAAUGGUCCCUCCAGUGUGAGUGUAUGGAAGCUAAUGAAAUGGAAAAGAUGUCAUCAAAGCUUGAAUUGCUUGAGGCACAAUGUGAACGUGUUCGUGUAACACAUCAAGAGGCCCAAAAAGUUUUUCAUGAAAAGUUUCACAUGGUGUGGGGCCAGCUAAUGAAAACUGGGUACCAAAACUCACGAUUUGCUCAUCAAGUGGAACGAUUUGCGUGUCUUUACACAAGUCAAGUUGGGAAUUUGGCCUUGUAUUCUCCAUCUAAAUACUAUAGGCCAAGUGAAGACUUUAUGCCACAUGAGUUUGACCUCCUUUCUCUUUAAAUUCUCAAGUCUCAAACUCAACAAAUUUGCAUAUAUUUUAUGUUGUUUUGCAUAAUACAAGCUUUUGCGUUUUUGACCUUAAUUUGUAACUAGUUACUUACUGGGAAAGGUUAUGGUAUAUAUACAUACACUACACAAAAAUUAUUUUAACA